CCCCCCGGCAGCAGUGUCGGGGCUGCGGGAGAGGCACGAGGCUCCCUAAAAGAUGGGUGACUGGGGCUUCCUGGAGAAACUGCUGGACCAAGUCCAGGAGCACUCGACCGUGAUCGGGAAGAUCUGGCUCACCGUGCUCUUCAUCUUCCGCAUCCUCAUCCUGGGCUUGGCCGGGGAGUCGGUGUGGGGGGACGAGCAGUCGGAUUUCGUGUGCAACACCAAGCAGCCGGGCUGCACCAACGUCUGCUAUGACAAAGCCUUCCCCAUCUCCCACAUCCGCUACUGGGUGCUCCAGUUCCUCUUUGUCAGCACCCCAACCCUGAUUUACCUCGGCCACGUUGUCUACCUCUCCCGGAAGGAGGAGAAGCUGAAGCAGCAGGAGAGCGAGCUGCGCGCUAUCCACAGCAAGGACCCGAAGAUCGAGCAGGCCCUGGCAGCCGUGGAGAAGAAGAUGUCCAAGAUCUACGUGACGGAGGACGGGCGGCUGAAGAUCCGAGGGGCGCUGAUGUGGACGUACCUCAUCAGUGUGAUCUGCAAGAGCAUCUUUGAGGCCGGUUUCCUCGUUGGGCAGUGGUACCUGUACGGCUUCUCCAUGGUGCCCCGCUACGUCUGCAAGAGGGACCCCUGCCCCCACCAGGUGGACUGCUUCAUCUCCCGCCCUACCGAGAAGAGCAUCUUCAUCAUCUUCAUGCUGGUGAUGGGCCUGAUCUCCUUAAUCCUCAACCUCCUGGAGCUCUUCCACCUCUGCUGCAAGAACCUGCUUAGCAACAUCAAGAAGGUGUCGGGGCCGAGCCGGGACACCUUUGCCGACGACAUGGCCUUGGGUCCCUACCCGCCCAAGCACUACCCCUUCCUGCCCAUGGCCGAGAGCCACACGCCGCCCUACCAGGCCUACAACAAGCUCUCCAGCGAGCAGAACUGGGCCAACUUCCACAACGAGGAGAACCUGGCGCUGGGCAGCGGCGCCAGGCCGCUGUCGGACCCCUACGCCCCCAGGGCUGCCGAAACCCCCACCCCGGAGGAGAAGCUGUGCAGCCGGCCCGGGAGCUCAGCCUCCAAAAAGCAAUAUGUCUAGUGCCGGGCUGGCCCCGGCCGGGCCGAGGGGACCUGCCGUGGUCCCUCGUGCCCACGAAGGUGCUGGCUGUGGGCAGGCAGCUGCCUCCUGCCUGGACGGGCCCCUGCCUGCCCCUGGGACGGGAUGCUCAGGAGCGGGGCUGAGCGCGGCCCCGGAGCGGAGCCUCCGCUCUCUCCUGUUUUCCCCACAGACCCUGCAAGGAAGGAAACGUCAGAAAGUUCCGCGGGACGGCGUGUGCCUCGCCGUGGGAAAGGGAGAAAUCCCUCGACCCGUGGAGCUGGGAACAGGCUGUCCCCAGGGCUGCGCUGGGAGGCUCCUGCCCUCGGGAGCCUCGGACCCGGGGGUUUGCCCGAGCCCCCGCCGGCGUG